AUGCCAAUGCGAAUGAGAGCUGAAAAGCGCAUGAGGAAGUUCCUCAUCGAGCAGAUGAAGUCCAGGAAAGUUUUGGGCGCACGGAUAGCCGAGGGCGAGAAAUCAGAGGCGGAUUUGCAACGGCUCGAAAUGGCUCCUCAAGUAUUCAUGUUUAAAAACUUGUUUUCGGGCCAGGUUUUGUACUCACAGGUGCCCGCGUACCACCAAAGUCAAAUAGACCAGCAAUUUCCACGUCCCAACUGGGAAAACAGAAGACCCAGUCGUCGAAAUGAUCUUUGGAGAAUUAUGUGUGUUGCAAAUUUCGACAAUUAUGAAUACGCUGUGGCCGCCUACAAGGGCUUGGUGGAUCUCCGGAGAGCGCGGGACAUCCACCAAAAGAAAGAAUUGAAACAAAUGCGUAAAUUGAACGACGAGGGAAACUUAUGGUACUCUGGCCAGUACAGACCAAUAUAUCUGCAAGAAGCCAUAGCCGAUCUUGCACAUGUGAUUGAGGAAUUUGAGUUGGAGAACACCAGGCUCAUGUGGGAGAGUUUGUGGCGCAAAGGAGACGACGAACACUGGCCGUUGGGGCUCGUUUCUCACGAAGCCUUACCACCAAUUAAUCCUCGAGACCAGACAUUUUUGUUGGACGAUUUGCGCCUGAGGGCCAGACAGGAGUUUGCCAAGCAGAGGGAGAUGGAGGAAGGAGAGGCGGAAACUGAAAAAGGAGAGGCGGCAUAUGCAUUGUAA